AUGCACCAGGAGCAAAAGUCGGAUCAGGAACUACAGGCUAUGGAAAGGAAUCGGCUUCUGGCAAAAAAGAACAGGAAACACGAAGAUAUACCAGAGUCAAUGGUAUCUGACAACUCAAUGCAAACAGCUAUGGUGUUUAAAGACGGUUAUGACAUUCCUUUGUACGGACUGGACACCGGCAUGUUCUACUAUAUUCAUAUACUUAUCACCAAAGCACACUCGCGACCAAAAGAGUUGUGCGCAUUUGUUGGAUUUAUCACGACUGAAUUCAUGGUUGCUCAGAUUCUGAUGGUCAACGUUGUAGCAAUUAACGUCUUCACCACGAUGUUUUGUAACACUAACAUAUCUUUUGGGAAGUUUGAUUGCGGCAUUUUGCUGUGGUCCUUUGGCGUUCCCUUCAUUGGUGCGUCGAUUGCCGCGAUCUUGGAGCAGUUUGGACCAAUGGGCAUUGCUUGCUUAUUCGACGCUGUAAAAGGCAGGGUGGCAGCUGUUCUCCUAAAUACGAUUCCUGUGGCAGCAAUCAUGGUCUUCAAUGUACUGCUCUACAUUCUGACGUUCAUCAAAAUCCGUAUGGACGAGUGGUCUAUGAGACAACGUCUUGGUAAUAUGGGGUCAAGAGUUGAUAGGCAUAUAAGGGCCGCCCGCAAUAUGUCGAUGUUUGUGGUGGCUAUCUUUGUCCAAUGGUCCAGCCUUGUUCUAACUGGCGUUUGGGCUUUGUUUGUAGACAACGUUAAAGAUGUGCCGGCAGUUCUAAACAGCUUAGUUGUCGUUUUUACAAACCUUGGCGGUGUUCUGAAUUUGAUCAUUUAUCUGGUUGUAUAUAAGAAAAACCGUAUCCAUGUCCAAGGAACCGCACAAACCACUACCUCUCAGCGACUACAACAAAGCACAUACUAA